AUGGGAGGCUCUCGGCGGAGAUUGAAGCGGGGCAAGGCGCCGGUGCGCGUGCGCUUGCCCAAGAUAAAGAAACCCGCUCCGGCCGCGGUGAAGCUGCCCGACGGCCGAGUCAUCGAGUGGAAUCGCGACGCGUCGCUGCGCAAGAAUUACCGCAGCGCGGGCCUCCAAGUGGACCCCUUCUUGAUCAAGCCGCGCGCCAAGACGAACGCGAGCUCGCGCGGCGUGUUUCUCGAGCAGGGCGGCGCGGCGGACGGCGAGGAUAGAGAGGCGGGCGCUGCGGCCGCCGCGGAGAGUGAUUUGUGGGGAGAAGGAGAGGGCGCGGAAGCGGCGGAUGGGGGAGCAGGCGGAGGGGAAGGCGAGGGUCACUUGUCGCAUGAGCUCCUGGCGACGCUGGGCUUGGUUAAGAGGGACCCGGGCGCGCCUCCGCAGCGGCUGACGCGCGUGCAGCGCACCGUGGUGGGGCGCCUGCUGGCCGUGCAUGACACUGACUACAAGGCCAUGGCACGGGACAUAAAGCGCAACCGCAUGCAGCACUCACCCGCGCAGCUGCGCCUGCUGUGCGAGCGGUACCUGGCGCACGAGAAGACCCUCCCGGACCCUCACUAG